AAUCUCUCUCCUGUCCUCAAGGUUCGAAUUUAAAAAAAAAAUGGUGUUAUUUCAGACUGCAAACAACCACAAUCAUCUGAACAUCCCGAGAAAAGGGUUGUCUCCACUUUCUAAAACACCCAUUCCCACCUUUUCUUCUCCAAGCUCCCCAACUCCUUCAAUGGCGAAACAAACCAUUCAAAAUGCUGAAUCAAUCAUCAAAAAAUGGGAUGUAAACUCUUCUUCCUUAACCAGUGUUACUCCUCUCUUUCACCAUAACAGGAAAGAAGCCAGAGAGUUUCUCAAAUGCGUUAUGGAUCUUCGUGGAUCCAUGCAUUUUCUCGUUUCUCAAAAUUCAUCUCCUCACGACCUCGUUCUUGCUCAAAACCUCAUGCAAAUCGCCAUGAAAAGACUCGAGAAAGAGUUUUAUCAGAUACUGGCUUCGAACCGUGAGCGGCUCGAUCCGGAAUCGGUCUCGACGAGUCUUUCGUCCGAUGGCUCAGCCAGUUUCCACUACGAUGAUGAUGAAGACGAGGUUGAUCAGCUGAAAAUAGCCGGUGAGUCGAUCAGCGAAGUGGAGAGAGUUUCAGCAUUAGCAAUGACGGAUUUGAAGGCUAUUGCUGAGUGUAUGAGCAGUUCUGGUUAUGGCAAAGAGUGUCUGAAGAUCUACAAGUUGUUCCGGAAAUCAAUAGUUGAUCGAGGCUUAUAUCUUCUUGGGAUCGAAAAGUUCAAAUCUUCCCAGAUCAACAAAAUGAAUUGGGAAUCACUCGAUUUUUCGAUCAAGAACUGGUUGAAUGCUGUGAAGAUUGCUGUGAAGUCACUCUUUAAUGGCGAAAAAAUCCUCUGCGAUCAUGUUUUUUCGGCAUCUCAAACUAUAAGAGACGCUUGUUUUGCUGAAAUAACAAUGGAAGGAGCCACGAAUCUCUUCAAGUUCCCCGAAAUCAUCGCCCAGAACAAGAACUCACGGCCGGAGAGAAUUUUCCGACUACUCGAACUCCACGGAACAAUCUCCGAACUCCGGCCUGAGAUCGAAUCAAUCUUCAACGUCGAUUUGACCUCGGCCAUUAAAUCCCACGCCCUUUCAUCACUGCAAAAAGUUGGUGACUCAGUUUUCACAUUGCUAAUCAAUUUCGGAUCAUCAAUCCGAAAAGACUCGUCGAAAACACCGGUUCCGGGUGGAGGAAUUCAUCCCCUCACCCAAUCCUCUAUGAGUUACAUAUCUUCCCUGUCGGAUUACGAUCGUAUUCUCUCCGAUAUUCUAUCGGUUCAUCCGCCGGCAGAAAACCCACCAUUUCCAGAAUCCUAUUUUAACAAUCCGACCGCCAUCGAAGCUGCUCCGAUCCAUCUUGCAUGGCUUAUAUUGGUGCUUUUAUGCAAGAUCGACAGUAAAGCUCAACAGUACAAAGAUGUCUCUCUUUCAUAUCUUUUCUUGGCAAACAAUCUUCAGUUCAUCAUUAACCAAGUUCAAACAAGUAACCUUCAACAUCUUUUGGGUGAUCAAUGGCUGUCCAAACAUACCCAGAAGAUCAAACAAUAUGCUUCGAGCUAUGAAUUGGUAGCCUGGAAUCGGGUUUUCAAAACUUUACCCGAAAGAACAACACCAGAACUAUCGCAUGAAGCAGUCAAAGACUGUUUCAGAAGAUUUAAUGCUGCUUUCGAAGAAGCUUAUAUGAAACAGAUUUUGAGGAGUGUACCAGAUGGGAAGUUAAGGGAUGAAUUGAAGGUUUCGAUUGCUGGGAAACUUGUUCCUGUUUAUAAGGAAUUCUACGAAACGUAUUCGAGGAUAUCGAAUGGGGAUUUCGUAAGGAUUUCGCCUGAUGAUUUGGGGAAUUAUUUGUCGGAUCUGUUCCAUGGAACUCGGAUUUCAUCGAGUUCUUUGCCAUCGCCAUCUUCGUCUCAUUCAAAUGGCUGUCUUCUUCGGUGAAAGUGACAAUUCAAGAACUGUGAAUUCGAUGUCUGGUAUACAAAAUCUGUGGAAUAUGUCUCCUUUCUGAUGUUCUUAAAUGUUUUAGUUUUCUGAUCU